AUGACGACGAAGCGUAGUAAUGAGGAGGUUGUGAGAAACCUUCAGAAGAAAAUUGAAAUCCAGAAACAGAAAAUUACUGAUGUGGAGCAUAAAAAUACAGAGAAAGCUGAUUGUAUGAGCAAACUCAACGAAUCCGUCAACGUGGUUAUGGAAAUAAUGAAGAAGAAAAAUAAGCUGCAUGAGGAAUGUCAGAAAGAAUUACAACAAAUUAAGGUCAUGAACUCUAUUAUGGGAUAUGACAUGGAAUGUUUAAAGAAAGAGCACAGGAAGAUCACCAAGGAAUUGGAGGAGAGUAAGGCUCUAAAUGAUCUGCAGCAGAAGAACUUUGCCGAGGAGAUUCAACAGAAAGUAAUGCAAAUUAGCUCUCUUCAGAUGGGUGCUCUGAAACAUCAGAAUGAUGAUAAAAAUGUUUCAAAAUUGACUGAAGAUUUUAGGACGGUGGAUGCUUUACCUAUGAAUAUAUGGGAAAAGGAAGGGUCCCUUCAAGAGUUGGAAGAUUUUAACCUAUCACUAAUCAUUAAAGAACGUGCGAACAAUGAUGAGCUUCAGAAUGCUCGAAAAAAAUUGAUUCAGUUACUUUCCAUUCUCUUGCAGGGCAUUGCAGAGACAUCAAGCUCUCGUGCCAAAAUUGGUAUAAAGAGAAUGGGGGAAGUAGACAUUAAGCCUUUUCUUGAAGCUUUGAGAUCGAUGAAAAGAUAUUAUAAGGAUGAAGCCGCGGAGUUGUGUUCAUUAUGGCAAAAGAAUGUGGAGGACCCCCGUUGGUAUCCAUUCAAAAUAAUCACACUUGAUGGCAAAUUCCACGAAAUAAUAGAUGAUAAAGAUGAAAAGCUGAGAACACUGAAAAUAACGUGGGGUGAUGGAGUGUAUGAUGCAGUGGUGACAGCUUUGAAAGAGAUGAAUGAAUGUAAUCCAAGUGGGAGGUAUGUAAUAUCUGAACUGUGGAACCAAAAGAAAAGAGAGAGAGCAACCUUGGAAGACGGAAUCGAAUUUCUAUUGAGCCAAAGGAAAACCAGAAAAAGGAAAAUAGAUCAUGCAUGGAGUAAGGAUGAUAGUUUGUAUGAUAGUUUGUUUGGCUAG